AUGCUCGAAAACGGCACGAACGUUGUGAUCGCCACGUACGACAGCGCGGGUAGGUUCGACUGGUGGUGCGGCCGCGUGCAGCAGAUGCUCUGCAAGUCGGGCGGCAAGAGGGGGAGCUACGUGCGGACCUAUCUCCCCGUGCCGUUCGACGAAGCUAAGGCAGCCAACUAUAAGAUCCACUGCAACUUCUACGCCAAGUCGGGCGCGGACGGCGACUACUCCUUCAAGUACAACGUCGACGAUUCCGCCCCGUACCACAUGGAGUCGGUGCUCGGCCUCCUCGACCUCAACCUCCCCACCGACGAAGGAGUCUAUGUGCCGCGCGAUCCACAGGCCGGCUGGAAGUUUGACGAGGCGCUUAAAGUGAUCACGCCGGCCGCGGACUCUACUCCCCACCGCAAGCGGGCGCGGAGUACCGCCGACGACGAGGCUGGCGGCUCCUCUGGCGCGAAGAAGCGCGCCCUGACGGUGACGCUCAGACGCAAGGGCGGGACGCUUGGAAUCUCUGUCGACCCCGACAACCACCAAAUCACCAACGUGGUCGAGGGUGGUGCUUGCGACAUCGCCGGGCUUUGCGUGGGCGACUUCAUCGCCGAGGUCAACGGCAAGUCGACGACCGGCAGCUCCUUUGGCAAGCUGCUGCCUGCUGCAGCGACGGCAGAGAUUAGGCUGCGGCUCAUCCGAGGGACGGUGGCGGCGCGCGACGUGGAGCUCGAGAAGGUCCGGGCGGAGGUGGCAUGA